AUGCCCCCGAGCAAGUACGACAAGGCCAAGCAGGAGAAGAACGAGGCGUUUAAAGAUCUACUAAAAGCGCUAGAAGCGCAGGACGGCGAGCUCACGGACCGCAUCGAACGCAUGGAGGAAAAAGUUCUGAACCUCGAGGCGCGGAACCAGAAGGACAGCCAGCCUGUUGUUAGCGUGUUUGCUGAUUUGGCCCGGCAGGCCGCCUGGUCCACGUAAACAUGGAGCGGCCUUCCUUUGAUGUUGGUGCGGUGGUGUCGGUCGUGGCGUAUGCGUUCGUGAGCGCUCUAUCGGCUGCUUUAUCAUUUGAUGACGAGACGCUCCCGGUCGUGUUUGGGGCCGUGUCUCCUAUUAUAGCGUCGCCGGCCGUCGCUGUGGUCUGCGCGCCAUUUGUGCCGCGUUUAUAUAGGAAGCUCGGCCGAACGCGGACGCUGGCUUUGUGUGCUUUGUUGGUUGGUCUGUCCGUCGUGCCGGACGCCGUCGCCAUUCCAUGGCCAGACGUGGCCACGGCGGCCUCGGCACUCAACGCGCUCGCCGGCGUCGUACUAUUAGCGCUGCCGUCGUCACUAGCUAGAGACGUCCUGCCCGACGCGUGGCGCCUCUACACGCCCCACCUCGAUUUGUGGCGCACGGCGCUCGUCGCCCUCUUGUUAGCAAUGAGGUCGCUCGGCACUGUUAUCGAAGCCGCCGUUGCUGUGGCAUGGUACGUGACCGUAGCGCUAUCAACCGUAGCAAUGCUCAUCCUUGCCCUGCCGUCGCUGCGCAAGCCGCCGCCGCCGCCGCCACUCGCCGACGACGAGGCCUUCGCCGAACCUUUGGUGGUGCCGCCGCCGUCGCCCUCCUUAAAUGCGCCGCGGGGCUUCCUGCCGCUCGCCGUGCAGCGCACGUACCUGCUGCUGAGUCUGGGUUUUGCCCUCGUGAGCGGCGGCGCUUCCGGUCGUGGUGGCGCUUUAGGAAGAGCGCCCACCACGGCGUGCGCCGCCGCGCUGCAGCUCCUUGCUGGCGGCGUCGCGUUUUUAGAUCGGGAGCGCCUGGCCAUCGGCGCUUGCGCUGUUCUAGCCGCAAUAGGUGCUUUACUCGCCGCGCUGCCUCUGUCGUUCUCCGCGUGGGCGGCCUUCGCGUGUAGCAUCACAGCAACAGCACCGGUAGGGGCCGUCUACGAGCUCGCUUCUAGAAGAUUACCGAGUGAUUCCAUCGUGACGGCCGGCGCUGGUUUAGUUUGGUGUGCGAACCUCGUGGCGCUCGGCUUUGCUCUCCUCAAAGACGUGACCCCCACCGCGUGGCCGCGCCUCGCGUGCGUCGCGGCCGGUACACUAUGCCUGGCCGGCGAGGUCGUCGCCGUCCAGGACUGGCCCCUGUUCGAUCUGCGGCCGCGCCACGCGUCAGACGAGUACCGCAUCGCCGACGCGGCCGUGCCGUCGUUCGCGUCAUCUCUGGCGCCGCCGCCGCCGCCUCCUCCUCGGCGGGUGAAGUGCCGGCCUUGUCCUGCAGGGUCCGUAUGA